AUGCGGACUUCGGUGGUGACUGUUCUGUCGGCGUGGGCUGCCACGGCUGCAGCAGCACUACAUGUUGCUGAAAAUCAAACAUAUAUUACACUCAGCAAUGAUCGGCUCACAGCCGUUCUGAAAAAGAGUGCUGGACAGAUUAUCGACCUCUCUCUUGAUGGCCAAGACUUGCUGGGUCCCCAGUCUGGAUCGACAGGAAUAGGCCCUUAUCUUGAUUGUUACUGUAUCCCUUCGGGCUUUUACACUGCUGGGGCCACGACCCCGAGCAUGAAAGUAGUUCAGGGCACAGAUUUAACAGGCACCAAGUACGGAGGAAUGAUUCUGACGGACACUUACACACCCACGGGCCAGAAAUUCCAGCAGUAUUGGUUCCUGCGAGACGGCGAAACUGGUCUGCAUAUGUUUAGUCGACUGACGUACAACAACAAAACCACCCCAUUCCUCCGCAAUCUUCAAGAGUUCCGAACCUUGUUCCGCCCGAAUUCUAAUCUCUGGACUCAUCUUACCUCCAGCGAAGUCCAAACUGCCCCCCUGCCAAGCAAAGACGCCAUUUCCAAAGAAAUCGUUGUUCAAGAUGCGACAUGGACAUUCAACAACACACCCAGCGAUCCUUAUGUCACUCAAUUCUCUGACUAUUUCACCAAAUACACGUUCUCAAACCAAUGGCGCAACAACAGCGUUCAUGGCCUUUAUGCCGAUGGAAGCACGUCAGAUGGUGCAACCUAUGGAGCCUGGCUAGUCAUGAACACCAAGGAUACGUACUACGGAGGCCCACUUCACUCCGACCUAACAGUCGAUGGGAUUGUCUACAACUACAUCGUGUCAAAUCAUCACGGCGAGGGCACGCCUAACAUCACAGACGGAUUUGAUCGAACAUUUGGUCCCCAAUUUUAUCUUUUUAAUGGUGGGAAGGGGUCGGCCACGCUUGAAGAGUUGCGAUCCGAGGCAGAAAAACUGGCGAAUCCUCACUGGAAUGCUGCAUUUUAUGACUCCAUUGCUAAACACGUCAUUGGUUAUGCCCCUUCUAGCCAGCGAGGUAGCGUCCAAGGAGUCAUUACUCUUCCUAAAGGCGCUGUUCGCCCGAUCGCCAUUCUUACGGUCGACGGUCAAUACUUCCAAGAUAACAGUGUAGUCCCGAGCGCCUACCAGUACUGGACAGAUAUUAAUCCGGAUGGCACCUUCAGCAUUGACCGGGUUAAAGAAGGGAGAUAUCGACUCACUGUCUACGCAGAGGGCAUCUUCGGUGAUUUUGUUUUGGACGGGAUCACUGUACAUGCAAACAAGCAGACCGCAUUGCAUAAAAAAUGGGAGCAGGAGUCGGCGGGAACCGAGCUUUGGCGAAUUGGUACUCCAGACAAGUCAUCUGGGGAGUUCCGACGUGGAAAUGCCAGAGAUCCGACUCAUCCCCUCCAUCCUCCCGAAUAUCUCAUCUAUUGGGGCGCUUAUGACUGGCGUGCCGACUUCCCAAACGGUGUCAAUUAUACCAUCGGCACUAGCGAUUCGUCCACUGACUUGAGCGCUGUGCACUGGUCAGUCUUCGGACCGACUGCGAGUGAUUCUCAUGUUGAGUACGACACAACCAACGACUGGAAUAUCCACUUUACCCUCAACUCAAAGCAAUUGCGAAAGGCAAAGACCGCCACACUGACGCUUCAAUUAGCGGGUGCAAAGACUGCAUCCGGCAACACUGAUGUGUACAAACCUGCUGAGCCAUACAAUAAUGUAUCGCUCGAAAGCUAUAUCAAUGGCCAGUCAGAUCCACUCACUUUCAUCAUUGGGUUCAACCAAUCAAGCAGCUGCAUCGUGCGGUCUGCCGUGAGCUGUUAUCAGGUUGGAACGAAAAUGGAAUUCCCUGCAGAUUGGCUUCGUGUAGGAGACAAUGUUUUGCGACUACACCUGCCUUUUAACGCAACAGAUACAGAGACUGCCAUUCUUCCAGCCACUGUGUAUGUGCAAUACGAUGCGAUUCGGCUAGAAAUAGAGUGA